AUGGGGCUCUUUGACAGAGGUGUUCAGAUGCUUUUAACCACCGUUGGUGCUUUCGCUGCCUUCAGCCUCAUGACCAUAGCUGUGGGAACCGAUUACUGGCUUUACUCCAGAGGGGUUUGCAAGAUGAAAGGAACCGGAGAUAAUGAAACCAGCAAAAAGAAUGAAGAAGUCAUGACCCAUUCUGGAUUAUGGAGAACCUGCUGCUUGGAAGGGAAUUUUAAAGGUCUGUGUAAGCAAAUCGAUCACUUCCUCGAGGACACAGAGUAUGAAGCCGACACAGCAGAAUAUUUCCUCCGGGCUGUAAGAGCCUCUAGUAUUUUUCCGAUCCUGAGUGUGAUUCUGCUUUUUAUGGGUGGACUCUGCAUUGCAGCCAGCGAGUUCUACAAAACCCGACAUAACAUCAUCCUUAGUGCCGGCAUUUUCUUCGUGUCUGCAGGUCUGAGUAAUAUAAUUGGCAUCAUUGUGUACAUAUCAGCCAAUGCUGGAGACCCCUCUAAAAGUGACUCCAAGAAGAACAGUUACUCUUACGGAUGGUCCUUCUACUUUGGGGCCUUGUCCUUCAUUAUAGCUGAGAUGGUUGGAGUGCUGGCUGUACACAUGUUCAUUGACCGGCACAAACAGCUGCGUGCCAGCACUCACACCACGGACUACCUCCAGUCCUCUGCCAUCACCCGCAUACCCAGCUACCGCUACCGCUAUCAGAGACGCAGUCGCUCCAGUUCCCGUUCCACUGAGCCUUCACACUCCAGGGAUGCCUCUCCUGUUGGGAUCAAAGGGUUCAACACCCUCCCAUCCACGGAAAUCUCGAUGUAUACCCUGACCAGGGACCCCCUGAAGGCUGCUACUACCCCCACAGCCACCUACAAUUCAGACAGGGAUAACAGCUUCCUCCAGGUACACAACUGUAUCCAGAAAGAAAACAAAGACUCUAUCCACACUAACACAGCCAACCGCCGGACCACCCCUGUAUGAAGUUAUCACAAGGGGCUGAAACUGGGGGACAGGGAAG